AUGCAGAAGAAAUUGAGUAGAUCUAAUUCUUCUCCAAAUUCAAAUACAAAUGGUUCAAAUCCAGGUAUACCGUCAAGAAGUGAAGUACAUAGAAGUACAAGUUAUUCAAAUAAAAUCCCAGAUACAACAAAUUUAGCAAAUGUUCAUCGUUCUCCAAAUAGUUCAAUGGUUAAUGGUCGUUCUUCAUUAUUAAAUUCUCAAAGAACUUCACUACUGGAUAAUACUUAUUCACCUGUAAGAACUCCAUCUGGUGGUUCAAGAUUAACUUCAAAACCAAGAAGUGCAAGUGGGAACAAUAAAAUGGUUCAACAACCUCCUCAUUAUAUGACACAAGAACGUUCAUAUUUGAAAAAGAUUAAAAAUGAUUUAGCUGAUGAUUAUUAUACAAAGGCAAUUACAUCUGAAACUACAGAUAGUGAAUUAGAUUCAGAUGAAGAUGAUGAAGAUGAUUUAGAUAUUGAUUCAAAAGAUUAUCCAAAUGGGUUAAUACCCGAUGAAACAAGUUUAGAAAUUGAACCUUUUAGUAAUUUUGAUUCUUCAGAUUUUGAACAAGGUAAAGAAAAUCCAAAAGUUUUAGAAAGAUUAGAAUGGCAAACAAUGUUAAGUUUAGUAUUAAAUGGUGAUGUUGUUAGAUCUGAAAAAAGAAGAAUAAAUACUCAAGUGGAUUUUUCUUUACAAACAACUUAUAAAGAAAAUCUUUGGUUAGGUAUAAGAGCUUAUGUAUUUGGACGUUCUGAAGAACAACAAAAAAAAAUCAUUAGUUAUGGUAGAACUUUAGCUGAUAGUGUCAUAACUGAUAUUUUAAAUUUUACAGUUGUUGAUCAAGAAGAUGCAUUAAAAGAAAUUAGUCAAUUAUUAGAAAGAUAUGAUAAUGUUAAAGAACAAUGGAGAGAUUCUAAAGAAAUGGCUUUAGAGAAACCAAUCAUUGCAUCUGAAGCUUUUGAAAGAAGAAUUGAUAGUUUAAUUUCAUGGAAAAAUAUAACUAAAGCUUUAAAUAGAGAAAUUAAAGUUUUGGUUGAAUGGACUCAAAGUGCUAAUUUAGAUUUAACAGAAAUAAGGAAUGAUGGGUUCAUAAAUACUUCAUUUGCUGAUACAAUGUUGAAAGAAAAAGAUAUUGCAUCAAUUUUCCAAAGAAGAAUUUUCAGACCUCAUGUACCAUGGAUAAAUAAAGCUAAAUUAGCUUAUCUUUCUUAUAAAGAUAUGUUUGAAGAAUUAAAUUUACCAAGUUUUAUCCCCAAAUUAUCUCAACUUUGCACAUUCCCAAUGCGUCUUAUUCAAGAAACUUUAAAAAUCCGUUUAGCUUAUGCAAGAAAAAUUGAUAGUCCAACAAUGAUGAUGAUUGAUGAAAUGAUUGAUGAUUUCCCAUCUUAUGUUGGAUUAGCUGCAGAAUUGAAAAGAGCUCAAAUUGAAUUUAAAAAAGGUUGGGAUAUUGAAAUCCCAGUCCCAAAUAAUUUUGAUGAUACAGUUUUAGAAUCUAUAAAAUAUUUAUUCCAUCUUUUACAUAGAAAGUUAUUAGAUGGUUCAAGAAGAGGCUUUAGAACUUUCAAAGAACCAGAUGAAUUAGAAUAUCAUUGGAAUCAUUUGAAAAAUUUUGGUUAUUUUGUUGAUAAUGCAGGUCCUGAAAUUGCUAUUCAAUUUUCAAGUAUAACAACAAGAUUAAUUGCAAGAUUAAAUUCUUAUGUAUUAUCACAAUCAAAAGAUUUAGAAACAAUCGAAGAUGAAAAUGAUAUAACUAAUUGGUGUGCUAAUGGAAUAGAUAAUUUUGGUGCUAUAAGAAGAAAAUUAGGUAAAUUUUCAAAUGUUAUCACAAGAUCUUUUAAUAAUUCUGCAUUUUUCAGUUUAAAUAGAGUUAAACCAUUUUUAGAAUUAUUGAAAAAUUCUUCACAUUUUUUAAUUCAAACUGGGAAUUCAAGUGGUGUUUACUUUAUUGCAUCAAGUGAUCUUUAUGGUAGAGAUGAAGAUAUCAUAAAGACAUUAACUGGCCAAGAAAUAGGUACUGAUCCUUAUAAACCAGAAGCUACAAUGAUUGAAUUAGAUCAAUAUGAAGAAGAAAAAGAAUUUGGUUAUAUAAUAGCUGUAAGUGCUUUUAGACCAAUGUUAUGGGAAGGUGCUACAGUGGAAAUUCAAAUUCCAAAUGUUCAAAUUGAUAUUAAACCUGGUGAAGUUUUAUUAAUCACACAAGGUUCUUCUGCAAGAUUAAAACAUACAAAAGCUAUUUUCACUGAUAUAGUUGAUGAUAAUGUUACAUUUAUUGAAUACAAAUCAAGUAUACCAAAAGUUCAAAAAGAAUUAAAUAAAAUUGAAAGAUUAUUCUAUAGAUUGGUUCAUACUUCAUUAGAUCAAUUUUAUGUUGUGAAACCAAUGAUACAAAAGGUUAAUAAUACUCAUGAUUCAAUUUAUACACUAUAUGUGUUUUUAAGAGAUUUUUGUAAAAAUCAGUUAAGAAAUUCAGAUAAUGCAAGAAAAUCUGCAAUUAUUCUGAAAAUGAUUGAUUUAAGUAUUGAUUGGGUUAGUUAUAUUGUUGAUGAUUGUGUUCCAACUGAUAAAAAAACUUUUAGAUGGUGUGUUUCCGCUUUAGAAUUUGCUAUGGAAAUUUCAAAAGGUUUUAAUAUUCUUGCAUUAAAUGAAGAACAAUUUUAUAAAUUAAAAGAAAAAGUUGCAGGAUGUAUGUCAUUAUUAAUUUCUCAUUUUGAUAUUAUGGGUGCAAGAUCAAGUGAAGCUGAAAAGAAAUCAUUGAAUAAUGUUUUCAAACCAAAUAGUUUACAAAAUGAUCAUUUAAUCUUACAAGCUUUUAGUGAACAAACUAUGAAACAAAUUGAAGCUUUAGAAGCACAACGUGCAAAAGAAACUGUUGGUAAAGUUCUUGAUGAUACAAAUACUGAAAAUCAAUUCUUAACAUUCUUGGCUUCAUCAUUUUCUUCUUUAUCAAUUAGAUGGCAAAAGAGAAAAUUUAUUGGUGGUGGUACUUUUGGUAGUGUUUAUUCAGCAAUUAAUUUAGAUACAGGUGGUGUCUUGGCUGUUAAAGAGAUUAGAUUCCAAGAUACACAAUCUAUAAAACAAGUUGUUCCAUCAAUUAAAGAAGAAAUGACUGUAUUGGAAAUGUUAAAUCAUCCAAAUAUUGUUCAAUAUUAUGGUGUUGAAGUUCAUCGUGAUAAAGUUAAUUUAUUUAUGGAAUUUUGUGAAGGUGGUUCUUUAGCAGGUCUAUUGGAACAUGGUAGAAUUGAAGAUGAAACUGUUAUUCAAGUUUAUGCUCUACAAAUGUUUGAAGGUCUGGCAUAUUUACAUGAAAUGGGUAUUGUUCAUAGAGAUAUAAAACCUGAAAAUAUCUUAUUAGAUCAUAAUGGUAUAAUUAAAUUUGUUGAUUUUGGUGCAGCUAAAGUUAUUGCUAAAAAUUCCACAAAAAGACAAGCAACAAGACUGAAUAGUAUGACAGGUACACCAAUGUAUAUGUCACCAGAAGUUAUCACUGGUAAUAAUACAUCAAGAUAUGGUGCUGUUGAUGUUUGGUCAUUAGGUUGUUGUGUUUUGGAAAUGUCUACAGGUCGUAGACCAUGGGCUAAUUUAGAUAAUGAGUGGGCAAUUAUGUAUCAUAUUGCAGCAGGACAUUUACCACAAUUUCCAGCUAAAGAUCAAUUAAGUGAGGCUGGUAUGAAAUUUUUGUGGAAAUGUUUACAACAAGAUCCAAAUAAAAGACAAACUGCAGUGGAAUUAUUAAAUGAUCCAUGGCUAGUUUCAAUUAGAAUUGAAGCAUUUGGUGAAACAAGUGCAAGUACUUCAUCUUCUGAACAAUCUUCUGAAUACGGAGGUUAA